AAUUAAUUUUUGAAAUAAUUACACUCAUAGAUUGAAUUAAUUACAAUAAUUGAAAAUGAAACUCUUCGAUUUAAUUUCAUAUUGUUUAUGUGCUUUGAUAUUACUAAUUUGCAUCAAUGAUUCGGAAGCGUGGGAUCAAUGUGAAGUCGCAAGACAACUUUCUAGUCACGGUUUUGGUAGAGACGAAUUGGCCGAUUGGACAUGCUUAGUUAUGAGUGAAAGCAGUGGAGAUUUUAGUGUUAUUGGAGGUCCAAAUACAGAUGGUAGCCGUGAUUGGGGUUUAUUCCAAAUUAAUGAUCGAUAUUGGUGUGGAGUUGGUUGGGCUGGUAAAGAAUGUAAUGCUGAUUGUUAUGCUUUCUUGAAUGACGAUAUCAGUGAUGACGUACAAUGUGCACGAAAAAUUCAGGGAAUUCAUGGCUUGGAUGCAUGGUAUGGUUGGCAAGCGAAAUGCAAAGGAGGUCCACCAAGCGUUGAUCAUUGUUUCUAAAAAUAUUUUAUUGUUAAAUGAUACGAAGAGCGAACGAAGGUAAGCAAUUGAUAAACAGGGUGCGAUCGAACUUAUUCA